AGGUUUCAGCUCGUUUCGUUCCCGCCUUCCCAGCCACUUGAGACUUCUGCGCAUCCAAAACUGCUAACUAUAAGAGGAGCAGUAGUCAAGCACACCACACAUCCAUAUCUGUCGAACUGAUCUUUGCCUCCCCACCAAAAAUGGCCUUCUUCUUCUUCAUCCGCAUGGUGCUCCUCUUCUUCCUGAGCACAACAUGCGCCACCGCACUCACCCCAACACCAAAUGCCACAGACCUUGCUGCGCUGCUCGCCUUCAAGGCACAGCUCAAGGACCCCUUUGGCAUCCUCGCGAGCAACUGGACUCGGACUGCCUCCUUCUGCUCGUGGGCCGGCGUCUCAUGUGACCGCAGCCAGCGCGUCACCGGCCUGGAGUUCCGCGACGUGCCGCUCCAGGGCAGCGUCGCGCCGGAGCUUGGCAAUCUCUCUUUCCUCUCGACUCUGGUCCUCAGCAACACCAGCGUCAUGGGUACCGUGCCAAGCGAGCUUGGUAGUCUGCCAUGGCUUCAAACUCUUGAUCUUUCUUACAACAGCUUGUCAGGUACCAUCCCUCGCAUCCUUGGCAACCUUACUAGGCUUGAGAUGCUUGAUCUUGCUUGGAAUAACUUCUUUGGGGGGAUCCCGCAUGAGUUGCAAAAUUUGCACAGGCUUCUUAUGCUAAGGUUGCAAGGCAAUGACCUGAGCGGACCAAUUCCGGAGGGCCUGUUCAACAACGCACCAAAUUUGAGUAGCAUAUAUCUUGGAGUGAAUAGGCUGACAGGAGCAAUUCCUGAUAGUGUCAGCUCAUUGCUAAAGCUGGAGAUUCUGGUCCUAGAAAAAAAUUUCCUCUCAGGCCCCAUGCCGCCUUCUCUUUUCAAUAUGUCCCAGCUACAGUUGCUAUAUGUUGGAAGGAACAAUCUCUCAGGUCCAAUUCCGGGAAACAACAACUUUCAUCUCCCUAUGCUGCAAGUGCUCUCCCUUCAUGAAAACCAAUUCAGUGGGCCUAUCCCAUUGGGACUCUCUACCUGUAAGAACCUUGAACAGCUCUCCCUUUCCGGGAAUAAUUUCACUGGUACUAUACCAUCAUGGUUGGCAACACUGCCAAACCUCACUAGAAUAUCCUUGUCAAUGAAUGACCUUACUGGCAAGAUUCCUAUUGAGCUAAGCAACAAUACCGAGCUUCUUGUGUUGGACCUCAGUGAGAACAAUCUAGAGGGGGAAAUUCCACCAGAAUUGGGGAAACUGAGAAACCUUAGGUUUCUAGGCCUUGCAAACAGCCAAAUUACUGGUGGCAUUCCAGAAUCCAUAGGCAAUCUAUCUAAUCUUACACAAAUAGACUUAGUAGGAAACAGGUUAACCGGAUCAAUACCAGUGUCAUUUCAAAAUUUGCUAAAUCUCCGUCGCAUCUAUGUCUUUGGGAAUCAGCUCUCAGGGAAUCUCGAUUUCCUGGCAGUACUAUCCAAAUGCAGGAGCCUGGAUACCAUAAACAUAGCAGCAAAUAAAUUCACAGGGAUACUACCACCCUACAUGGGAAACCUCAGCACAGUGCUGCAAUAUUUCAUAGCGGAUGAAAACAUGAUCACUGGAAACAUCCCUAGUACAUUGGCUAAUCUGAGCAACCUGUUGGUACUGUCUCUCGGUGGAAACAACCUAAGUGGGAGGAUCCCCACAGCAAUCACAGCAAUGAAGAAUCUCCAAGAACUCAAUCUCUCCAACAACAGCUUGUCUGGCACCAUCCUAGUAGAAAUCAGUAGAUUAACAAGUCUAGUUGAGUUGCAUCUUGGUGGCAAUAAACUAAACGGUUCUAUUCCAAGCAGUGUUGGUAGCCUAAGCCAACUGCAAGUUAUGACAUUAUCCCGAAAUUCACUGUCUUCAACCAUACCAACAAGUCUAUGGCACCUUCAGAAACUUGUACAGCUUGAUCUGUCAUCAAACUCUUUGAGUGGUUCCCUACCUGCUGAUGUUGGAAAACUGACAGCAAUUACCAUGAUGGAUUUAUCAAGCAACCAGUUAUCAGGUGAAAUUCCAACAUCCAUUGGUGAUCUUCAGAUGAUGAUCUAUCUUAAUCUAUGCAGCAAUUUAUUUGAAGGAUCACUACCAUACACAAUUGGAAAAUUAGUAAGCAUUGAGGAGUUGGAUCUCUCCUCCAACAUGCUUUCCGGUACCAUUCCAGAAACCUUGACCAAUCUCACUCACCUUGCAAACUUGAACCUUUCUUUCAACAGCCUGAGUGGACAGAUACCAGAAGGAGGUGUGUUCUCAAAUAUCACCCUCCCAUCAUUGAUGGGGAACAAUGCCCUCUGUGGCCUUCCCCACCUAGGAAUAGCACCAUGUCAGAGCAACAUUGAUCAGUCACGGGUAAAAUCACAGUUGUUAAAAGUCAUAUUACCUUCAGUUCUGGCAUUUUUUGUUUUAGCUGUGUGCCUGUAUAUGAUGGUAAGAGUGAAAGUCAAUAUAGGAAGAAAGACGACAGUACCCUCAGACAAAGACUUGCUGAACUAUCAGUUGAUCUCAUACCACGAACUUGUCCGUGCAACCAGCAACUUCACUGAUGAUAACUUGCUAGGGGCUGGAAGCUUUGGGAAAGUCUUCAAAGGUGAAUUGGAUGAUGGAUCUGUGGUUGCAAUAAAGGUACUAAACAUGCAGCAUGAACUAGCUUCCAAGAGCUUUGACACAGAGUGCAGUGCACUACGAAUGGCUCGGCACCGGAACUUGGUGAAGAUAAUUACCACUUGCUCUAAUCUCGACUUCAGAGCACUAAUUCUUGAGUAUAUGCCUCAUGGUAGUUUGAAUGAUCUGUUGUACUCAAAUGAUCGGAGGCAACUCAGUUUCCUCCAAAGGGUUGGCAUAAUGCUGGAUGUUGCAAUGGCAAUGGAGUAUCUCCACCACCAGCACUUUGAAGCUGUCCUGCAUUGUGAUUUAAAGCCAAGCAAUAUCUUGCUCGAUCAGGACAUGAUUGCACAUGUUUCUGACUUCGGCAUUUCCAAGCUGCUAGCUGGAGAUGAAAACUCCAUCACGUUAACAAGCAUGCCUGGCACUGUAGGAUACAUGGCUCCUGAGUUCGGAUCAACAGGAAAAGCAUCACGUGCCAGUGACAUUUAUAGCUAUGGAAUUGUUCUCCUUGAAGUCUUCACAAGGAAAAAGCCGACUGAUGCAAUGUUUAUUGGUGAGUUGAGCUUAAGACAGUGGGUUAGUCAAGCAUUCCCACAUGAACUCUCAAAUGUCGUUGACAGUAGCAUAGUGCUGGAUGAGUUGAAUAAUGAUAUUAGAGAUGCAAGUAGGCCUCCUGAGAAUUUCAGCAUCUUGAAUACCUACCUGGCGUCCAUUGUUGAGUUGGCCUUGAUAUGCUCGAGAGUUGAACAUGAGGAAAGGAUACCAAUGACUGAUGUGGUAGUGAUGUUAAACAAGAUCAAGUCAGACUACAGUUCACAGCUUGGAAACAAGAACUGGGAGGAUAACAACACUUUUCAAGCAUGGGCAUGAGUCGGCAAGAAAUAAAGUCUUCAGUUCAGAAAUCAGAAGUAGUGGCCACAAGCCCCAUUCAAUUCCCAAGGCACUCAAAUCACAGAAAUAACAACUAUGCAAGAUUGGAACACCAAGACAGAUUGGAAGUAGCAUAUUUUUUACAGUGCAACUAAAUUAGUCCAGGGAGGGUGGUGGGUGCAACCUUUUACCAUUCCAUAGAAAACCAAUGAUUGCAUUAUUGCCUUAAAGAAUAACACAUUACUGUCACAUACAAACAAUGAUGUAAAAUUCUAUUGCUGUUUCAAACAUAUAUACUCUGUAUCGCUGCAAUCAUAUAAGGGUACCAAAAAAAAAAGAGAUGCCAAAACUUAUUUGCAGUUUUCUGGCACAGUUGUGGCCUUGUGGAUUGUAUCUGAAGGGCAGGAAAUCGACGAUU